AUGGAAAAUUGCGAAGGUCUACAGGCUUUAUCACUCUUACCUACGUUGCCGUCCACUUCUUUCAUCGCUGCCUUUGCUGUUGUCACUAUACUACAUUCCCCUCGCGCCUUUGCUGUUGGCGUUUUCUUCUGGCCAACAGGGAAGGUACCCACGAUGCGGGAGCGAGGGUCCUACCUACGGAGACUGCACCCCACGCUUUUGCUGCUGGCUGCGGCUGCAACGGCACUCUUUGUGUUGCUGCUCCGGGGAUACGUGGGUGAGGUGGGGGAGGAGGUGAGACCGAUGCUCAGCCCACCGCCCUUGUUGACCGCUGCGUCUCAGGCACGCAACACCACACUGUAUCAACCGCUGCAGCCAGAGGAGGUUGAAGGUGUCCUAUCGGGAAACAUCGUAGACUUUAUCUCUCCACGUGGACCACACAAGGGGCAGGAACAACCACACUUUGACUACGCUGAUGGUCCUCGGCGCUAUCAUAAUCCGUAUCAUCCUAUGCGUCGCACUUUGAGUCCCUGCCGACGGCAUCUGUACACAAAAGGGCGGUGGGUGUACAACAACAGUCUUGGACCCCGAUAUCUUUCGCGUGGGAAAGUCUUGGGAUGCUGCGAGCGGGGAUUUCGUAAAACGUUUGGGGCUAAUGGGGUUCGAAAAGAGACACAGUACGUGUGGGUGCCGGAUGCGUGUGAGCUUGUUCCGUGGGACGAGGAACUCUUCUGCCGCUCUCUCCGUGGGCGCAGCAUCAUGAUGGUUGGGGACAGCCUCACCGAUCACUGGCACGCCUCACUGUAUUAUCUUCUUGGUGGCGUGGGCGACAUCUACGAGAGCGAGGGCACUUCACGCUCUCGUCACCGAUGCAGGGGACACGCCAUCUGCCAACGGUACUACCCAGAACGUGUUAAGGAUCCUGUCAAGAUUUUUUUCCUUACCAAUCAAUUCCUGGAAAUGAGGCAUUACGCCUUUCGGAAUUUUUUGUGGUGGAAGGACAUUCAUCGCUACCCCAUUCUUAUACUAAACUCGGGAUCUUGGAUGGUGCAGCCGUCAAACGAACGGCGGAAGGUUUCAGAUGAACAGUACUACCGCUUGAUGCGGCGCGCCGCCAGCGUUAUUCGGUACCUCUACAAGGGAACUGUUAUUUGGCGUACAAGCUUUCGUGGGCAUCCCUUUUGCUGGAAGUACUCCGAACCACUUACGACCCCGCUGACCUUGGAUGCAUACAAGGUAGAAAAGUACAAAAAGUAUCGCUGGUUUGCCAUUCCUGACAGGAACGCUUACACGAAGGCACUUUGGGAAGACAUGGGAGCACAUAUUUUGGAUGUAGCGCCUAUGACAGAUCUCAUGCCGCUGGGACACAUGGGUAAGUACCACCCAAAGUAUGAGGCGAUGAAUGCAACGGACUGCCUGCAUUAUUGCUCGCCUGGAGCAGCUUACGAUCAGUGGAGCACGCUCCUGAUGAAUCUACUCUCAGGAAACAUUGUGGAUUAG